CCCCCGGCUGCGUGUCCCGACCCGCGACGUCGGCUUCGCGGGCGCAGGCGUUUCUGAUCAGGCGCGCUGCAGACAGCCCCUCCCGGAGUCCCUUGCGGCGGCGUCCUGGGGGCCUCCAGGGGCCUCGGAGCAAGAUGGCGGCGGUGGGCUCCGUGAGGCACGGGCGGCGGCGACCGCGACUCCAGUGAGGGGCCCGGGGGCCCGGGCGGCUCCGGCCGGGGCCCCGCCUGGGACGGACCAUGCUACGCUCCACUGGCUUCUUCCGGUCCAUCGACUGCCCCUAUUUGGCUGGGGCGCCCGGGGGUCCCUGCCGGCGACCCUACUGCCACUUCCGGUGCCCGGGGAGGGGGCCGUCUUCACCAGGUGGGUCCUCCCCAUCCCAGGGAGCAGUGCGGUGGGCUGGGCUGAGGGCCCCUGAGUCACGGUGGGAGCAAGGCCAUCUGUCGUUGUCAUCUCCGUCGGCAGCCAUGUCCAGGCUGGGCUACGAUCCCUACAACCCCGAGCUGCCCCAGCCUCCGCCUCCGCCACCGGCAGCGCAGCGAGAGAAUGGCGCGCUGGGCGGCGGGGAUGAGCGCUCCGACAUGCUGGAGCUGGAGCUGGUCAACCAGGCCAUCGAGGCCGUGCGCACCGAGGUGGAGCUGGAGCAGCGGCGCUACCAGCAGCUCCUGGGCUCCGCCAGAGCGGGCACCGCCGCGGAGGCCUCCGCCCUGGCACCCCGCCGACCCGCCACGCCUGCCGCCGAGCUGGGUGAUGAGGAUGCCUUCCCGCUCUCCUUCGACUACCACCCGGGUGGACGCAGCCCACUGAGCCCUGACGCUGGCUACCAGCCCACUCCGCUGGCCACCCCUGCCGAGCCCGGCGGCAAGUAUGCCCUCGGGAGGAGCCCCCCGGGCCGUGGCGGAGCCCUGGAGUAUGUGCCCAAGGCUGUGGGCCAGCCCCGCAGGCAUGGCCGCCCGGGCCCCAGCAGCAAGUACGUGGUGGACAACUCCAGGCCAACCACAGACCUGGAGUAUGACCCGCUGUCCAACUACUCGGCCCGCCUGCUGAGCCGAGGUGGCUCCAGGGAGGAGCGCCCCUCCAAGCGGGCACGGGGCCCCCCUGGCCGAGAGCCCUACGCGCCGCCGGCACCCAAGAAGUACCGCGAUCCCUUCGGUGGCUGCGAUGCACGCUUCUCAGACUCGGAAGAUGACGCUGCGGCGGCUUCGGGGCCAGGACCCACCCCUGCCAGCCCCCCUCGGGCUAAGGUGGGCCCCAAGAACCAAGCUCCUGGGAAGCCACCUUGCAGGCCAGGCCUGGAGCCUGAGGGGGGCCUUCGGUUGACCAAGGAGAUGGCGGUGCAGUGCGAUGUGGGCGACCUCGGGCAGCCCCCCCAGGGCCAGAGCAGAAGGCCCCUGGUCACACCCAGUACUCCGUCCCCCGCCGCACAAGAGCGGGGGGCCACCAAGGAGGCAAAGUCCAAGAAGAAGAGACGCCCAGAGUCACGGCCCACCAGCCACAAGGACAGUGUCCAGAAGAAGGAUAAGAACAGGGACAAGGAUAGGGACAGGGACAGAGGGAAGUCGGUUGAGAAGAGAGGCCCCCGGGGCCAGGCGGAGCGGCCAGACGGGACCAAGAAGAAGCCGUCCUCCGCCACGGCAACAGCCCCCACUUCAGCCAGCUCAGGGAAAGGGAGGCCUGAGCGGCCCCCGGAGCCCCGGCCAGCCCGCACCAAGCGGGGGAGACCUGCCCCCUCGGGGAAGCUGGCAGCGCGCAAGGCCCACUCGCUGGACGAGGGCGGCGCCCGGGACACCCCCAAGCUGAAGCGGCGUGCCCUGAGCCACGCCGAUCUCUUUGGGGAUGAGAGUGCGGAUGAGGACCCGGGGACCCCACGAGCCUGGCCCCCUGCCCUGCCCAGCCUCAGCUCCAGCUCCAGCUCCGACUCGGACUGCAGUCUAGGCCCCACGGGGGCGCCCGAGCAGGGCCCACCCAAGCGGCUCAAGGCCUCCCCACCCCGUCCAGCUGCCCUCUCCCCAUCCUCCUCCUCCUCCUCUUCCUCCUCCUCCUCGGGGGAGGACGUGGACUACGCCGCCCUGGAGAAGGAGGUGGGCUUUGACUCGGACCCUAUGGAGGAGUGUCUGCGCAUCUUCAACGAGUCCACCAGCGUGAAGACCGAGGACAAGGGCCGGCUGGCCCGGCAGCCGCCUCCGGAGGAGAAGGCCGAGGAGCGCGGCCCAGCCAGCCUGACCACGCUGUUCCCUGGGCAGAGGAGGAGGAUCUCGCAUCUCGCCAAGCAGGGCAGCGAGGCAGAGCCCCCCAGGAGAGUCCCGGUGGCCCCAGUCCGGCCCCCGACUGCCCAGGAGGCGUGCUACCGGCGUGCCCAGCAGGCCCAGCGGGAGUCAGCCAGCUGGCUGCAGUCGGCCCCCAGGCCUGUCGAGAAGCCCUCCUCCGUGCACCUCUCAGCACCCGGCGAGAAGAGGCGGAUUGCACACGUGCCCAACCCCCGGCUGGCUGCAGCCCCCACAGGUGCCAAACGGAGCCUGGUGGCCAGCAGCAGCCAGCCCACUCACGGCCCCGAGCCCAGCGGGCAGUCCCUGAAGACACGCACCCUGGCAGGCAUGGCCUCCAAGACCACCUCCACGAUCACCCCCAAGAGAGUGGCCCACAGCCCAUCGCUGCAGAGUUUAAAGAAGCCCAUUAUCCCCAAAGAGUUCGGGGCCAAAGUCCCCACGGCCAUCCGGCAGCGCUAUCUCAACCUGUUCAUUGAGGAGUGCCUCAAGUUCUGUCCUUCCAACCAGGAAGCCAUCGAGAAGGCUCUGACGGAGGAGAAGACAGCGUACGACCGUAGCCCCAGCAAGAACAUCUACCUGAACGUGGCUGUGAACACACUCAAGAAGCUGCGGGGCCUGGUGCCCAGCGCCUCGCCCGCGCUCAGCAAAGCCAGUGGCCGGCGGUUGGUGUCCCACGAGGUGGUGCUGGGUGGCAGGCUGGCUGCCAAGACCAGCUUCUCGCUCAGCCGUCCCAGUAGCCCCCGGGUCGGAGAUCUGAAAGGGGCCGCGCUGUACAGCCGCCUCAAGGAGUACCUGCUGACCGAGGAGCAGCUCAAGGAGAACGGCUACCCCUUCCCCCACCCCUCCCGGCCCGGCGGGGCCGUGCUCUUCACCGCAGAGGAGAAAAAGCCCAAGGACGCCUCCUGCAGGAUCUGCUGUCGCUGUGGGGCCGAGUAUCUCGUGUCCGCCUCGGGCCGCUGUGUCCGCGCUGAGGAGUGCUGCUACCACUGGGGGCGGCUCCGGCGACACCGAGUGGCCGGUGGCUGGGAGACUCAAUACACAUGCUGCUCGGCUGCCAUUGGCUCCAUCGGCUGCCAGGUUGCAAAGCAACACGUGCAGGACGGCCGGAAGGAGAACCUGGAAGGGUUCGUGAGGACCUUUGAGAAAGAGCUUCCGGAAGACACUCACCCGGGAGUCUAUGCCCUCGACUGUGAGAUGUCCUACACCACGUACGGCCUGGAGCUGACUCGCGUCACUGUGGUGGACACAGACAUGCAGGUGGUCUACGACACCUUCGUCAAACCAGACAAUGAGAUCGUGGACUACAACACCAGGUGUGUUCCGCCCACCCCCUCUCGCUGCACGCUGCCACCGCAAGGCCCC